AUGGCUGGAUUCGCCGACUUUGACGCUGGUCAUCGGGACCUGGUCUCAGUUACCAAGUUCAAUUUCUAUGGCAAUCGCAUUGUCACGGCCUCGACUGAUCACCGCAUGAAGGUUUGGGACCAGAAGGAUGGGGAAUGGCAACUCGUAGAUACUUGGCGUGCCCAUGACGCGGAGAUCCGUGAUGCGACUUGGAAUGGCCCUUUUACCGGCCAGCACAUUGGCAGCGUGGGUGAGGAUAUGAAAUGCAAGAUAUGGCAGGAAGAUGUGACGCAACCUCCGAACUCAGGCCGCCGUUUCAGAUCCAUCUUUCGUAUGACCGCGCCUCAGCGCCACCCCUUUGUCUCAAUUGAUUUCCGCAACAUCGACCUGGAAUCCUGGAUGGCGGUCAUUACUCGUGAUGGGUACCUGAUGGUCAUGGAGCCCGUAAGUCCGGACACCCUCGCGGACUGGCAGCCUCUGGAUCAGUUCAGAGUCUGCACGGCUCCCCAGAGGGGAGAGGAAACAAGCUUCAGGGUGCAGUUUCACCACGAUCCCUCGGACAUCACCCAUUCAGUCCUGCCCUCGUCGGAUCGCAAGAGCCUUUCUUUGGUGGUAGCAGCCAUGGACAGCGUCAAGGUGUAUCGCACGGAUGCCAGUCGGCGCUUUUACCACGCCAUCGAGCUGACUGGACAUGGCGGCCUGGUGAGAGACAUUUCUUGGGCCAAUGGCUCGGUGAGAGGAUAUGACCUCAUUGCUAGCGGGUGCAAGGAUGGCUUCAUUCGGGUUUUCGAGGUCUACACCACUGCCUCUGGCACUGGGUCCCAAAAUCCCAACGGCAACCAUGCUCAGUCUUCUACCCAAUCCCCAUCAAUCCGUGCAACAACGCAGUCAGGUAUCGGCUCCGCCCUUGCUAGCCGCGCACCUGUGUCCAUGUCCAGCCGUGCAGCCCCCGCGGAUUCCCAAUUUAAGCAUUCAUUCAAGGAAGUUGCAUGCAUCGACAGCAAGCACCUGGACGUGUGGCAAGUAGGCUUCUCAUACGCCGGUGACUGUCUUAUCUCCUCUGGCGAUGAUGGUAUCGUACGAUUCUGGAAAAAGUCCCUUUCCGGGGAAUGGCUCGAAUACGCUGAGACCGAUAUGGCUUAUCAGUGA